UCACAGGGCCUCACACCUUCCACCGCUGUAAACAAACGUCGCCAGCUUACUGCGUCGCGUGCCAGUAAAGCUUAAUAAGAUGGUGAAACUCACACCUGAACUGAUUUUGCAGUCGGCUCAACACAUCAACCCUCUUCGGGAUAGAGAACUAAUUCUUAGAGGUUAUAAAAUUCCUGUUAUUGAGAACCUUGGAGCAACUCUCGAUCAGUUCGAUACUGUUGACUUCAGUGAUAAUGACAUCCGUAAACUUGAUGGUUUCCCUCUUCUGAAGAGGCUCAAAACUUUGCUCUUGAAUAACAACAGAAUUGUUCGCAUUUCAGAUUCGUUAGCUGAGACAGUGCCAAACCUUCAGUGUUUGUACCUGACCAAUAAUCUAGUGCAGGAGCUGGCAGACCUGGACAACCUGGCUGGACUAAAGAGGCUUGAAUAUGUAUCACUCCUGGGCAACCCUGUCACAACCCGUGACCACUACCGUCUUUAUGUCAUCAACAAGCUUCCUCAGGUUCGUGUGGUUGACUUUCGACGGGUAAGGUUGAGAGAAAGAGAAAUGGCCAAAAAACUCUUUAAAAGUAAAUUGGGGAAGGAGAUCCAAAAGGAAGCCAAAAAAGCCAGAACUUUUGUGCCUGGUGCUGGUGGCAUGCUCGAUACACGACCGUCAUUAGGGCAAAUGACCGCGGAAGAUCAAGCAGCGAUACGUCAAGCCAUAGCCAAUGCUCGGUCCAUGGAGGAGGUAGAGAGGCUGCAGCACAUGCUUCGCACAGGCAACAUACCCAGUCGAUCACAAAGUGGAAAGCGCCGACACCCAGAUGAUGAUGACGACAACUGAAGUGACUAAUGGUUUGGGAUGUACUGAUUACAUCGCAUGUUAGGAAAAAAAAUUUUAAAUUAGCUAAAGGAACAUGAUAUUUUUUUCUGAAUGGUGAUAGAAUAUUCAGUGUGGUAAGUAUAAUUAAGUUUUGAAGUGUGUUGUUGUUAUAUUGUACCAAUUCCCAUAAGCCAUACAGUAUAAUGAUAAGAACAGAUACUGGUUACUGCUAUGUAUAUGGGUUAUCAAGUGUUGUAUAUUUGGUAUUACAGUUUCUAAUAACUUUUGUCACUUAAAAAUUUGUGUUUGUGAGAUGGCAGAGAAGCGAGUUCCUGUUUUCAGAUAAUGAAAUUAUCAGAAAAAGUAAUAAAAUACAUUAUCAUGCAAUUA